UUGAGCUGCUGGGAUGGACCUCGAUCACUUCCCAGAUUUAGCAGCUGCUGUAAAUGAUAUAAAAGCAAGAGAGAGCACCUACAGAUACAACAGUGAGACAUCACAAGCUCAUCAUGAUCUUCACCAUCACCUGCCUUGCCCUGGUGGCCUCUGCUCUGGGUUGUGGAGUGCCGGCGAUUAAGCCACAGACGAUUGGCAGCAGGAUUGUGAACGGACAGAAUGCCAUCUCUGGUUCUUGGCCCUGGCAGGUCUCUCUCCAGCUACCCAACGGAUUCCACUUCUGCGGUGGAUCCCUGAUCAACCAGAACUGGGUUCUCACUGCUGCUCACUGCGCUGUCACCGUCGGCUAUCAUCGUGUCAUUCUUGGAGAACAUGAUCGUGGCUCCAAUGUUGAACCCAUCCAGGUCAAACUUGUUUCCAAGGUCAUCACCCAUCCGCUCUACAGCAGCACCACAUUCACCAAUGACAUUGCGUUGUUGAAACUUGCGUCUCCAGUUGUCUUCACUCCCCGUAUCUCUCCUGUAUGUCUGGCUCCAUCAACCAUCAACAUCCUGCCUGGAACCCGCUGCUUCACCACAGGAUGGGGCAGAACUGCCAUCACAUCGAGUCCUAUGAUCCUGCAGCAGACAGGUCUGCCCAUCAUGAGUCCUGCUGUGUGCAGGCAGAUCUGGGGUCAGAGCAGAAUCACUGAUGCCAUGAUCUGUGCUGGAGCCUCUGGAUCCUCAUCUUGCCAGGGUGAUUCUGGUGGUCCUCUGGUGUGUGAGAGUAACGGAGUCUGGAGUCUGGUGGGGUCUGUGUCCUGGGGCACCAGCAUUUGUAGCACUGCUUACCCAGUAGUAUACGCCCGCAUCUCCCAACUGCGCUCCUGGAUCGACAAGACUAUCACUUCCAACUAGAGCGCCGGUCUGAGCAUUUACCCUUCAAAGGAGGCAAAAGCAGAUUUUAAUCAUUAAUCUGUAUUACAGUUGGUCUUUGAUGAUAUUUUGUUUAUGACAUUUUGUCUUGUGUCAGUCUGGGUUCCAGUGACCUGUCUGUUAUGUUACUGUCUUUUUUUUUUAGCUUCAUGUUACAUGUUACGGUUUUAUACAAAUAUUGACAAAUUUUCAAUAAAAUGA